AUUGUCUAUUAUUUAGUAACUUCCUCGGUCCGUUCCUGGCACAGCCAAGGGCCAACACGACGGUCAGGGACCCGCGCAGAGAUAAACAGACAGACGACGAGAUGGCAGCGGCGCGGAGCAUCGGGGCGUGGACGGGCAUCAUGCAGGCUUUGCUCAAUCAUACUAGGCCACAAAUUUCGAGUUUGCGUAAGAUUCACACAUCAGGUUCUCAAACCAAGGCUGAUGAAGGUCCUCAAGCACACUACUUCCCACCACUGAAAACUGCCAUGCUGCCAAAGGACACAUUCAAGGGGAAGACUGCCUUCAUCACUGGUGGUGGCACUGGUCUUGGCAAGGGGAUGGCAUCAAUGCUUAGUUCAUUAGGAGCCAAUGUUGUCAUUGCUGCCAGGCGUGCAGCUGUACUGGAAAAUACUGCAACUGAAAUUUCAAGUCAUACUGGGAACCCAGUCCUUCCUGUACAGAUGGACAUUCGAGAUCCAUCUGCUGUGGCAGCAGCUCUAGAUGCUUGUGAAGCUAAAUUUGGGCUCCCCAACAUCAUCAUCAAUAAUGCUGCUGGGAAUUUUAUAUCACCCUCAGAGAGACUUAGUCCCAAUGCAUGGAAGACCGUUACAGACAUUGUGCUCAAUGGUACAGCCUUUGUCACUUUGGAGGCUGGCAAGCGACUCAUCAAAGCAGAACAAGGAGGAGUGUUUCUCUCCAUUACAACUACAUACACCCGCUCCGGCUCUGGCUUUGUUUCGCCAAGUGCAUCAGCCAAAGCAGGAGUUGAAACUUUAACAAGAUCUUUAGCUGCAGAGUGGGGAAGAUAUGGGAUGCGCUUCAACUGCAUUGCUCCUGGACCAAUUGAAACCGAAGGCGCAUUUAGUCGCCUGGACCCGACUGGUUCCUUUGUCAAUUCUGCCCACAAACGCAUUCCAGCAGGACGGUUGGGAGAAGUUGAAGAAUUAGCUAACCUGGCUACAUAUUUAGUCUCAGAUUAUGCCUCUUGGAUAACAGGAGAGACUCUUGCCAUGGAUGGUGGGUCAUCACGCUUCCAUUCAGGGGACUUCAAUUCACUUAUACGCUUGACGUCAGACCAGUGGGAUGAAAUGGAGAGACUGAUUAGGAAAAGUGCAAAUAAAGACAGAGUUCGCCUGCAAGCCAAACUUUAAAACCUUGAAUUAGUGGGGGCAUCAUGCUGAGAUUUUAUCAUGUCUUUAAUACCUCUGUCUUUUUCUCUUGUCAUGUUGUAUAACUAUUGUACUACUCGAGUUACAAAAGGUGUUAAAAGAUCUCCUAUGUCAGUGUAGCAAGCAAACUGAAGUGGUUGUGUAAAACAACUUGCUCAGUGAUAUAUGUAAUUGAAGCAGUAGCAACUCUAUGUGAUGGAUGUAUGGAAGGAAACUCAGAGGACUUGCUAUCAUUUGUUACUUUUGUACACUGAACCAUGGAAUACUUUUGUGCUUGCAUGUCAUUAACAUUUUUACUGACUUUCCACAGCAUCCAGUGAAUCUUUGAUGCUUAUAACAACAGAGUUCAUUGCAUGCUGGCAUCCUUAGAUUACCUUUAGGGGUUUGUUAGUUUCAAUCUUCAUUUUCCUUUUUUUAGUGUUUGCUGUAUUAUAUUCCAAGCAAAUACCUCUAUCUAUACAACAUUAUCUAAUUUUCCUGGAUUUCAAUAUUUACUCACUUCUUAUAGUAAAUAAACAAAUGGAUAAACUUAAGCUGUGGAGUUGCAGUGAAGUGUUAAAAGGUUUGAUACAGGAGGAAAGUAGUCAGCACUGUUGGUAACAAUGUCAUUCUCAGACUGACUCAAAACAUAGUAAGAAAUAUUUGUUGAAAUUGCUUUUGAAAAACAUUGUGUUGUAUGAAAUCUAUAUGCAUGGUGGCAGUCAUGCAAACUAUUGCCAGUAGAGUUGUUGCUGUUAUUUAUGAGUAUGCAAGCAUGAAUGCACAUUCUGUAACAGUUGGAAGAAGAUAUUAGAUAAUCAGUUUAAUUGCAGGAUCAUUUAGGAGCCAAAAUGGUAAACAGUCCUGUUGUUGAUAUUCACAACAAAAUAGAGGCCAUCUCUAAAUAAUAAGAGGGUGUUUAGUAUAAGGUGGAGUGGAUUUUAAGCAAAAUUUUGAAAAGUUCAUAUUACAUGGUGAAUGAUUAACCAUGUACUUUUGUUUAAGUUUUAACUAAUGACUACCAGGUGAACUUUCUGAGGGAAAGUUGUUGAUCCAAAUGCUUUCUUGAAAUGUACAUGGAAUAUAGUGAAUAGUUUUGUCUCAAUACAUACACUCAGUGAAUUCCAGUAGAGCUUUCUGAAGAAAAUUACUUCUGUCUUCUAAGCAAGAAUCAUAGUAUAUUAAAAUAGUUAGAUACCAUGUGCAGUCUUUGAUUGUGAUGAUUUUAACCCAUCUUUUCAUACCAUACCUUUUGGAGUGAGGGACAUUGUAAUGGACUUACCUAUCCUCCCUACUAUGUGUGCUGCAUGCAACUUUUCACACUUUCAUUUUACAAAAAUCUCACUUUCUUUGCUCUUCACUGACCUUCACCUGAUUCAUUUCACUUCCAUCAGUCUUUAAGUCCUGCAAACUUUUCCCAGCUUACUAAGCAAACAUAAUCCCUUAUAUAACUAUUACCCUUGUUCUUGCAAUCUUUAUGAUAUAAUACAUAACUGUCUUCAUUUAUAUGGUAAUUCUUAUCUCCAUGCCAGUUCACAUAUAAGAAGCAUCAUGUACUACCACUUAACCUCAUAGCUUUAACACUCCCAGCCCAUUUCCUUUAAAUAUAGCAAAUACCAUUUUGUGAGACACCACCAGUUAAUUCCUUUUAACAAGACUCGGGAUCUGGUGACAUGAAGCAGCAUCAAAACAUUAUCCUUUGAGUUAAGUACAGUGUUUGAGUCUUGAAAUAUUGACUUCUAUCCUUGCUGUACCAAUUUUAAUAUCCUACAUACAUAUAUCCUGCAGUGCAGUAGAGCUGUUCAUGAGACUAUCCCUUUCCACCUGGGGCCAAUGGUGGUGUGUGGAUGAUGUGUAUAAAAUGUGUGGUGCUUUGUCUGGGUUAUUUCAUGUAUGAUUGCCAGCCAGUACAGUAGACACACAAGACACUGUGAGUUUGACAUCUCUUUUAUGCUAUCUUAUAACAGACUGUUGGUCAAGAUGGAGGAGAGUUCCGCUACAUGGCUGGCGAGUUCAACUUGUUGAACAGAGUCACUCCUGAGCAGUGGGACAUGAUGGCCAAGAUGAUACGAACUACCAACAAGACUUCCAAGGAUAAAUAAAGUAUACACUUUUUCUAUGCAUUUGUAAAGCAGUCACUUUUCAGAAAAUUAAAUAUUUGUUUUAGUAAUGAAAAUAAACCUUCAUAUAUAUUUUCCUUAAUAAUGUCAAUUUUGUAUCUCCUGUCUUCUGAAAUUAACUUUAUUUCCUAAUUAUUCUAUAUCAUAUAAUUAUUUCUUCUUUAUUCUAAAUUGAUAUAUAUAUAUAUAUAUAUAUAUAUAUAUAUAUAUAUAUAUAUAUAUAUAUAUAUAUAUAUAUAUAUAUAUAUAUAUAUAUAUAUAUAUAUAUAUAUAUGAAGGCUAAUUAAUAACUUGUAUUGGGAUUUGGAUUCCUAUCUUAAUCUUUGGUGCAGUACUUGUUACAUUACUCAUCAGUUGCAAGAUCUUGGUGUGAUACACUGACUGCUUAAAGUUGUAUAAACAAAGUGUACAUCAGCAAUAGUGUAUAGCAAAUAAUGGAAAGUCUUUUAAAAAGAUAUUCAUUGCAUAUUUUGUAUGCUUCAUGCACACCACAUGAUAUGUACAUAGAGAUGUUAAUGAUGUAUUAUGAUUGACAAUUAUGCAUCUAAAUAUGCAUAAACAUAUAGGAAGAGUUUGUACAUUUGUACUACAUUUUUUGUAAGUAAACCAUUGAAAUUUU